AUGCACCAACAGCGCCAGAGGGGACCCGGAGAGGCUUGUGUGAGCCCGCAGCGGUGGCGACCGAACAGCCUGGGUGCAGCUCGCACACACCGGCGGCAGUGGAGCCAGAGGAGCCCGGUAGAGGCCCAUGCGGGAGAACCCCAUGCGCACCAGCAGCAGAGCCAGAAGGAGCAGGCAUCCACCACACAUGCUCAUCCUCCUCCUUGGGCUGUGGCUCCACAUACGUGCACGUCCAAUGUCAGCAGCCCAUGUCCUGUGAUUCAGCCUCUCCAGACACCCCAGCCUGCUGUACACGUGCAGGGGCAGGAGCCUCUGGCUGCCUCCUUGCUGGCGAAGGACCAGAAGCAGAUGCUGGGAGAACAUUUGUUCCCACUCGGCCAAACCAUGCAUUCAAACCUGGCUGGAAAGAUCACAGGGAUGCUGCUGGAGAUCGACAAUUCCGAGCUGCUGCACAUGCUGGAGUCCCCUGAGUCCCUCCGCUCUAAGGUGGAUGAGGUGGUGGCUGUUCCGCAGGCUCAUCACGCCAAGAAAGAAGUGGCCCAGAAGGUGGGCACUGUGGCCGCUGCUACCUCUUACACAAGGAAAAACCGCAUGUUUGGCUAA